AUGUCGACUGACAGUUCUUUACCGGAAGGACAUACAGAAGCGUCAGCGCCAAAGUACGAAUGCUCAGUAUGCUUCAAACGAUACAAGCGGCGUGAACAUUUAUUUCGCCACAUCAGCUCCCACACAUCGCAGCGGCCAUACCAAUGCAGUUCGUGCGAUGGGGCCUUUCAGCGUGCUGAUGUUUUGAAGCGCCACCUUCGAACCUGUGAUGGUGGAAGAUCGAGAGCAUAUACCCGGAGACGGGCUUGCGAUCGCUGCGUCCGCCAGAAAAAGGCUUGUAGCUCACAUCAACCGUGCCACAGUUGUGCAAAGAGAGGCACUGAGUGUUGGUAUCCGACAGAUUCUGGGUCUGCAGCACGUCAAAACCAGCAGAGCACCGAGAAACACUCACCAAAAGAGCCGGAAGUCGAUACUCAAGUGAUCGGUCUAACGCCUCCGGCGUCGAAUACAAUAAUGCCGUGGGGAUUUACCGUCGAGGACUUGCAAGACUUUGGCACAACUCCAAUAAAUCCUCUAUUUGACACAGGCUCCGCUCAAUACUCUGGACCAUGCUGGCCAGAAAUUCCACCGUUAGCCCCUGAAGCCCCGUCAAUAUUCGAAACACCCCCGUCGAACGAACAACGUCCCCAGCAAUCGCUACACUUUUUAGGUAAAUUCACUAGUAACACAGGCUUGGUAUCAAGCUUUGACUGUGGGACCCACGAACAGAGGGAGAAACUCUCCGUUGAGUUGGACCGGCACAUCUCGGCCCAGCUACAACAGAGCAUCAUGUCAUUGCCGACCCUCAGCAUGAAUGUUCCCUCACCUUUGAUUUUGGAGACCAUCAGUGAUACAAGCUCCACCGAUGAGUUCCCCCUAGAUUGGUUCAAUGAUCCAUUGUCCUUCAAGACCCACGAGAUCCUUUUGUUGAUCGAAGAGGUAGUCACAAUAAAACCACGGAACAGCGCCGUGACGCUGGACUGGUCACUGACACUCAAGAGUGCAUGUUUACAAUUUUUUUCGCCGUCAAAUUUACGGCGGCUUCUGGGCUUUUACUGGGCGAUAUGGCAUCCCAAUGUCAACUUCGUGCAUCGGCCAACUUUCGACCCUCUAGCAGCAAAACCCACAGUCUUAGCUGCAAUGGCUCUUAUCGGCGCCUGCGUAUCUCCCGAUAUGCCCGAUAACGAAGAUGCUCGAACUUGGUUCAAUUGUGUUGAGGAGAUGGUCUUCAUUGACGAUGACUUCAAUAGCGAUAUGACCUAUCCGCCAUGUGGCAGCAUGGUAGCUCAGCGACGCAAGAUACAAGCCCUUCAAGCUGCAUACAUAGUCUGUCUUUACCAAAAUUGGGAGGGCACCGAUGCGAGCAAGAGUCGUAUUCGACGCUACCGCUUUGCUACACUUGUGUCUGUGAGUGGAUAUUACUCUCUUGCUGAUCGAUUGGAAUUUGCUAAUGAUUCGAAGACGGCUAGAGACAUUGGUAUCACAUCUGCUAUGCAUUUGAACUAUAGCGAGCAAGGUCGACACGAUUUUGAAUGGCGGGAAUAUGCGGCCAGAGAGGAGUUGAUCCGAGUAUUUUCCUGGGUUUAUUUAUUCGAUACUGCGUUUGUUAUCUUCAACAAUCUACCUCCGCGAAUGGUCAUCAAAGAGAUGAGAUUGCACAUGGCAACGCCAGAAGCCUGCUUCCAAGCUACCACAGCAGACGAAUGCCACCGUCAAAUCCAACUAUUUCUUCCACCAAGAAGUCUUUACUGGUCGAUAUCAUUCCGCGGAGCCUUCGAGUCACUAUGCAAAACCGAUCCCGCCGCCAAUUUCCGUCAUCUCCUUGCCACAAUGUGUCCCUUGAAUUUAUUUGCAUUGACAUCAGCAAUACACUCCCAAAUUUUCCAAUUCCGCAGCGCAGUGGGCAGCUCCCAAAUCCUCACCCCGAUUCGCAAUGCCCUGAGCAACUGGCGCGAUAUCUGGCACUCAUUCUCGACGACAUUCCCCCAAGGAAUAUCACCCCACAAGACGAUCGAAGACCCCCACAUUCAACCGGGGGAACUGUGGACACGGAUGGGAUUCUGUCGCUACGCGCCGGAGUACUGGCUUCUCGCGAACCUGAUGGCGGAUCGCUUGGCGGUGCUCGGAACGUCUCAGCAAGAGAAUGAGCUCGAGCCACUGGAAGAGGGACCCCUGGAUCCUUUCUUGAACAAAUAUGACCAGACCAGCAUGCGGCAGGUCAAUGACUUGAUUAUGGGCUUUCAGACGUUCCAGAUUUGA